AUGUAUGUGGGUUAUCUGUUGGAUAAGGACACCAACAUGUACCCUAACCCGGUCAGGCACCCGGGCCUGAACCUCAGCCCCCCAAAUUAUGUGCCCGUGCCCCCUCAAUACUCGGAUUUUGCCAGCUACCACCACAUGCCCGGAAUUAACAGCGAUCCUCAUCAGGGGCAGCCCGCGGGUACCUGGGGUCCUCCGUACCCUCCUACUAAAGAGGACUGGCACUCCUACGGCGCAGGAGCCCCUUCUGUCGCCAGCCCGGGGCAACUAGGAUACAGCCCCUCGGAUUUCAAUCCAAUUCCGCCACCCGGCUCUGGACUGCUGCCUCCGCCCAUGAGCGCCCCAGUCCCCCAGCUCUCCCCAAACGCGCAAAGGCGCACGCCUUAUGAGUGGAUGAGGCGCCACGUUCCCACUAGCAGCAACAGUGGCAAGACCAGAACAAAAGACAAGUACCGUGUUGUAUAUACAGACCACCAGCGGCUGGAACUGGAGAAGGAAUUCCACUACAGUCGCUACAUCACCAUCCGUCGGAAAGCAGAGCUGGCAGCAGCCCUUGGACUCACUGAGCGGCAGGUGAAAAUCUGGUUCCAGAAUCGGCGAGCAAAGGAGAGGAAAGUGAACAAGAAGAAGAUGCAGCAGCAAACGCAGCCGGCCAGUACAACCACACCUACCCCACCAGCGGUUGGCACUCCUGGCCCUAUAGGCGGCAUCUGCAGCAGCACCACCAAUCUAGUUUCCACCUCACCAAUGACUAUCAAGGAAGAAUUUAUGCCUUGAACUCAGCCUUUCCAUUACAUCUCCAGACUAACGUACCCAGAAUGAUAUGGAUUUCCCUGAGAGUCAAACUUACUUGUCGGACUCUCAACACUGGAACCCAGUAGCUUUUUCUAUACGCUACUCUACUGGACAAAUAUAAUCAACUCAUUCCUAGGAGUUAAAACCAAAUAGGCCUCUGUUGCUAUUAGAGAAAGACUUGCUGUUGUCUCAGACGGGGGAGGAAGCAUGGGUGUUUGGGAAGAAAGAAACAAGGAAGCAGAAUACUUAAAAAUAUAUAUCUGAAUCUUCAUCUGAUCCGGAUCAGAAUUAUAGAGUCAAGUGAUUCACAAGUUUAAUUAAUUAUUAAAUUAUAUUUUGUCAGCCUCUGGUCAUUACUCAGGCCUUGUUAUGUGGGUCAAAAAGGCAGGAGCCAAGUGACUUAUUUCAACCCAAAUUAUAGGUCAGGUCAGAUGAUAGAAACUGAGCCCCGGUUUUACAUACUAUACGGUAUGUAUAGCAUUAGGAACUAAAGUCAUAUUAAAGGCUAAGGAGGCAAGAGAUACAGGUAGAAAAGAACAUGACAAUCAAGAUGGUGAAAAACUAGCCAAAGUCCUCAAGAGGGGGAAGGAAGCCAGUUAUUGGUUUCCACAAAACGGGGUCUCUUGGAAUGCCAAAAGUCCCACAUUGUUUUCUUGAAAAAUUUACCCAUGCAUAUAUUCCACAUCAAAGACAUCUGUCGGUUGAGACCCUUAGCUUAUAGACUCAUGUUUUUCCUAGUUCCUCCUACCAUGUUCCUGCACAAGGUUUUGGGGUUGAUGAUAAGACCUUGGAUUGCCAUCCUACUUAGCAAGAGAUUUAUCUGAGGGGCCCUUGAUGCUUUCUGAGCUUGCUUGUUUCCAUGCAGACACUUCAUUACCCAAACUAGGUAACAUCAUCAGUGCUAGUAUGAUUUAUCUGUUACUACCUCAGCAGGAGGAUUUAUAUUCCUGUGCUGGUGAAGAUUCUGGCAUCUGCAGCCCUAUAUCAUCAAGGGUAGUCUUGAAGAAAGGCUGCCCUAAAGCUUCCUGGCUGUAAAACAUAGGAACUCAGUGUGCUUCAUCAUCAUGGUCAGCAAUUUUAAUGGUAUGUGGGAAAGACAGUGGGUGACGAGUGAAAAAGAUUCUGCCUGGAGAAUGGUCAGAUAAGAGACAGCAUAGCCUGUAGCUGCUUAGUGGGUGGAGCAAGAUGCUCAGAAGGGACCCACCUCAGUUUUUCAGGCUGUAAAGGAGACCAUGGGAGAAUUUUACUUUCAGACUUGCAAGACUCUGUUCUAUAGCUUUACAAUAAAGUAGAGUUAGUUUAUCUGGUUGUGUUUCCUGUCUGGUCUACCUGGUAAAAAUGACUGCAGUGCACUUCAUAUGUGUAAAUCCAAUCAUUGUGGGGGUUUGUAAAUAUACUAUACAGCAUAAUAUUAUGUGCCAACUAGGCCACUAUGUUUAUUUAAGAAGCAUGAUUAAAACAAUACCUUCCCACAAUGUGGGAACUCAAUCAUGAUUUCCCUAUAUGAAGAAAGGAGCAGAAUGAAUCAAUAAGACCAGGACUCCACUUUUCACUGACUUGCUCUGCUAUCAGUACUCUAAUCAAAUUUGCAGACAAUUUCACCAGUUCUUUAAAAUGAAUGUGAGCAUCUUUUUUGUGUGAUUAUAGCUGACAUUUUGAUAACCUCAAAAUGGAAUUCUCAAAAAAAAAAAUCAAUUUAUUCCCCCCUCACACUUUUGGUUGAGUGCCACUAAUAGCAACCAUUACAUGCAGCAGAGAUGUAGAAAAUGUACAUUAGCUGGAUUCACCCAUUGCAUUAAUGCCUGGUUUGUUGAACAAGCACCAGUGGCAGACCACAAUGACUUGAGUUUACACAAUCAGCAGUGGUGGCAAGCUACAGUGGCAGAGUUUACCUGUUCACAAACUAAAUUAUUAAAUAAGCAAACCACAUUAUGACUUAACAUGGUGUGUGAACCCAGCCAAUGAAAUUAAACUAGUAGUGAUUAAGAAAGUCAUUAAGUAAGUCUGCUUCCUCCAUGAUCAUGUGACCAUGGGGAUGUUGUGAUGGUAAUAACUUCAAGGCCAGUCCUACAGUAAGUCACUUUUCCCAAGUCCAUUGUAACUUCAAACCCUUGUUAAAUGAAAGUCGUAAUUUUUUUUUUAUUUGAUUUAUAUGCCGCCCUUCUCUGGAGACUCAGGGCAGCUUACAAUGCGUUAAGCAAUAGCCUUCAUACUUUUGUAUAUUUUAUACAAAGUCAGUUUAUUGCCCCCACAAUCUGGGUCCUCAUUUUACCUACCUUAGAAAGGAUGGAAGGCUGAGUCAACCUUGAACCUGGUGAGAUUUGAACUUGCAGUAAUUGCAGGCAGCUGAUGUUAACAGUGCUUUAGUCUGCUGCACUACCAGGUCUCCUAUAAAUUGAGGAUUAUCUGUAGCUGAUUGGAUGACUUUCUUUCACCCUCUUGAUAUAUAUUUGGCUUUGAACUAAUUGCUUUCUUCUUGUAGA